AUGUCUGCAAAAAUAUAUCAAUCUGAUCAAGAAUUAGAAAUAAAAGUAAAAAAAGCAACGGAAAGAAUUUCUGAAAAUAUGCACAUUGUGGCCAAUGAACCAUCAUUGGCAUUUUAUAGAUUACAAGAGCAUGUUCGUAAAGCAGUGCCUCCAAUGAUAGAAAAAAGAGUUGAAGUAUUAGCUUUAAGACAACAGCUUUUAGGUCAUUGUUAUGAUAUCGAAUAUGCAAUUAGUGCAAUAAAAAGUAUGGAAGGAGCUACCAAGAGUUUUAGUAACACUUUGGAAUUAUUAAAAAAUGCUAUUUUUUAUAAGCAACAAAUUAAAUAUGAAGAGCAACGCCGUAAAAAGAUAGAAGGCAAUAAAGAAUCUAUGUACAAAAGACUUUCUGCGCAUAUUCCAAAUCUACCAGAUGAUAUUUCUGAUGUAGUUAGAGAGACUGCAAAUCGAGUUGAAUCCAUUAUGAAUCAUGCUAGGCAUUCCAGUUCAGAAGGAAUGCGAAUCAAUUAAUAAAUUUAAUAACAAUACUUUCAAUUU